GUUGCGAGCAGCCUUCAGGAGCUGAGAGCGGUGCAGUUACACUGUAGCCAGUGAUUUUUUUCUUGUAACUUCGUCUUUCCCCCUUUUGCAAAGCUAACAAUGAGGGAGAUCGUGCAUGUGCAAGCUGGUCAAUGUGGUAAUCAGAUCGGGGCCAAGUUCUGGGAAGUAAUCAGUGAUGAACACGGCAUCGACCCCACUGGUACCUACCACGGAGACAGUGACCUCCAGCUUGAUCGCAUUAACGUCUACUAUAAUGAGGCAUCAGGAGGUAAAUAUGUUCCCCGUGCAAUUCUGGUGGACCUGGAACCUGGCACAAUGGACUCUGUUCGCUCUGGACCAUUUGGGCAAAUCUUCAGACCAGAUAACUUUGUGUUUGGCCAGAGUGGAGCAGGGAACAACUGGGCCAAGGGCCACUACACGGAAGGUGCUGAGCUGGUCGACUCGGUGCUGGACGUGGUGAGGAAGGAGGCGGAGAGCUGCGACUGUCUGCAGGGUUUCCAGCUCACCCACUCGCUGGGCGGCGGCACCGGCUCGGGCAUGGGUACCCUGCUGAUCAGCAAGAUCCGGGAGGAGUACCCCGACAGGAUCAUGAACACUUUCAGCGUGGUGCCCUCCCCGAAGGUCUCCGACACGGUGGUCGAGCCGUACAACGCCACGCUGUCAGUCCACCAACUGGUGGAGAACACGGACGAAACCUAUUGCAUUGACAACGAGGCCCUCUAUGACAUCUGCUUCCGCACCCUUAAGCUGACCACCCCCACCUACGGUGACCUGAACCAUCUUGUCUCCGCCACCAUGAGCGGCGUGACCACCUGCCUCCGCUUCCCCGGCCAACUCAACGCCGACCUGCGCAAGCUGGCUGUCAACAUGGUGCCCUUCCCCCGCCUCCACUUCUUCAUGCCCGGCUUCGCCCCGCUGACCAGCAGGGGGAGCCAGCAGUACCGGGCCCUGACGGUGCCCGAGCUCACGCAGCAGGUGUUCGACGCCAAGAACAUGAUGGCGGCCUGCGACCCGCGCCACGGCCGCUACCUGACAGUGGCCGCAGUCUUCCGCGGCCGCAUGUCCAUGAAGGAGGUGGACGAGCAGAUGCUCAAUGUCCAGAACAAGAACAGUAGCUACUUCGUGGAGUGGAUCCCCAACAACGUCAAGACGGCCGUCUGCGACAUCCCGCCCCGCGGCCUCAAGAUGGCCGUCACCUUCAUCGGCAACAGCACCGCCAUCCAGGAGCUCUUCAAACGCAUCUCCGAGCAGUUCACCGCCAUGUUCCGGCGCAAGGCCUUCCUCCACUGGUACACGGGCGAGGGCAUGGAUGAGAUGGAGUUCACCGAGGCCGAGAGCAACAUGAACGACCUGGUCUCUGAGUACCAGCAGUACCAGGAUGCCACAGCAGAGGAAGAAGGAGAAUUUGAGGAGGAGAUCGAGCAAGAUGAGGCCUGAGUGAAAACAAUGGGGCCCUCCCAAGUGUACAUAACAUCCUUUUUAAAAAAAAAAAAUAAAGUGUUACCAGGCAAGGUCCGUGGGCUUUCACAGGUUCCAGAGGGCUCGAGUUUAAGAUCUUGUGCGGCAAAGUCAGUUGUCAUAAAGGCGCCCAAUAUAUCGUGAGGAAGUCCUGAAGUUUAGAACCUCAACCCCUAAAUCUGAAUGAACCAUUCCCCCCCCCCCCCCCCAAAGUUGCAUGUUUUCAAUGGAAAAGGGCUGCAUUCGUAGUGCGAGUGUGGUGAUGUGCUUUUAUUUAAAAAAAAAAAAAAUUUUGGAUUUUAUUUCGUCUUUUUGUAAGUAGUUAGUGAGCAGACUUGAUCGAAACUGGGUGAGGGAAAUUUAAGAGAAACGGAAACCUGAAUUCUGGAAAUCUGAAAUUUGGAAAGGGGCAAACCGAAAAAAUGAAUUGCGAAAAGCGGCAUCGGGAUAGAGGAGUUGUCCGGGUGGGUGGUCUGCAUCUGAAAGGGGGGGGGGUGGGGGGACUAAUUAAUUGGAUAGCUCCCAAAUGGCUAAAUUAUGUAGAUUCGUUUUGGAUACAUUAAACCUUGUUGAAUUCUGACUGGCCUCAUGAUUUCAUUCCCAUUCCCAUCCCUAGUGCCACAUUUUAUCAAGCAGUCCAACGUUGAACUUGAGCCCCAUACUGCAAUAUUCCACGCAAUGUUAAAAUAGAUUUCUUUUUCGUUUUUUUUUAAAUUGUUUCUGAACCAUAUUUUCUUUUCAUGAUUUUAGCUGCCCCUCCCUGUGGUAAAUCUGGUACUGUCAUGAAGCCAGUUUAGCCAAAUUCUUUGCUAGUGCUGGACAUGCAAUAGGCUUGGUGGCAAUCCCUGAAUAUACAUAUUUCUAAUGAAGCCAAUUCCAUGCAUGUGAAUCACAAUCGUGAGUAGCCAGAAUCCUCCAGGCCACUUGAGUGUUGGGAAAAGAAAACACCCCCAUCAAAUUCAAAACCCCCAAGCUUUGACUUUUGUUCACUUGCUCGAAGGGGUUGUGCUUCCCCAUAGAGAGGAAUAAAUCCUGUUUCUCCAUUGCCAACUUUGCCUGGGAGCUAGUGAGAUUGCUGAGCCUGUGACGAUGUAAAUUUUCUCUUGUAGUUUUUAACUGUUUCCUGUUUCUCAGUUUUGUACUUGUAACCUAAACCAUCUGGUUGAAUUUCAGAGUUGACCCAGUAUAAACUCACCGCCCCCAUUUUCCCAUCCGCAAACAAUUUUAUUUACAGGAAAGGCUUACAAAAUUGCUGACUGACAUUGCAGGGUGACGGACGAUAAGUUGCACUUGGCACUGCCAGCGCCUUCCUAGCUACAGAACUCAGGAAGAGGAAAGCAGGGUCCUUCUCAAAUUGUGCCUUCAACUAGCUUGACAAGUUAGUGAAGUCAAUGGGAAGGGCAUUGUCUUCUUGGUGCUAGUGGCCAUUUUGGGUGAUGGCCAUUUUGUGAGCCAAACCCCAUGGGGUGGAGUGAAGCUGUGGGGACAACUUGUGUUUUACUGUUAAGCCUGAACCCUUGUUGAACUGUGACCCAGAACUUUGAACUGGAAUCACUCACUUGUUUCCACACUGCUUGCUCAGCACUUUUCAGUCUUGUACUCUUUUUUUACUCUCUCAUUUCACUACUUUUUGAUGUCCUGUAACUUGUUUGAAUCAUGCCUUUUUCUCCUUUGUUUUUUUCAUAUUGAAAAGUAUAGAGCCAGCCUGUAUCUUACCUGACAAAAUAAAACGAUGUUUUUUUUUGCGA